GAGCACAGAGAAAGAAUGUACGAAAAAAUGAUUUUAUUCAGUUUUUUGAUCAUUAACAAUAUGUACAUGCUUGGCACAUAAAGUUAAUACGCCAUCUUUGUUAAUCAUAUUAUGCUAAAUGUGCUAGCAAUGAAUCAUAUAGCGAUUUGAGCAAGAAAUAACAAAAAAAGUCGCAAUUGUAUUGGAGUACGUUAGUGUGUUGUUUACUAUACAGUGCGAUCAACAACUCAUGCUCUUACAUUUCUAUCAGUGCAGGUGCAAAAUCAACAAAUAAUUCAGUCAGGCGGUAUAUAGUAAUACAGCACAUAUUUUUAUUUUUAUUAUAAUUUUCGAGGCAACAUCAUUAUUUUUAUUCAACAGUGUAAUGAAAAUUGGAGUAUUUUGUGCAGAUUUUUAGAAUAUCAAUUAUUUGUGAAGAAUAUUUCAGUAAUUAAAAUCAUCAGAAGUGUACGAUCAUUGUGUUGUGAAAACGAAAUAAAACGAAAACAAUAAAGCUUUCCUAAACUGCCUGGCUAACGCCAAUUACAUUCUAUCAUUUUACACUGAUGUUAUUUUAAUUGAAAAGACUAAUAGUUACUUUUAUAAAGGAUAAGACAAAGACAAUGAGCGAUCAACAACCAUCAGCAGAAAAUCAUUUGGAUCAAUUGUUUGAAGAUCUAAUCAAAGAAUGUAAAUUCAGAGCACCUGGAGCGAGGUUGUCAUACUCAAUGAGAACAAGGUUGGAAAAAUUAAAAAAGGAUCAAAGGAAAGAAAUAGUUAGUAGAAUAAAAGAUGAUUGUGCACCACUGUUCAUUGCAUGUAGAAGAGGUCAUGUAGAAAUAGUUCAAUACCUCAUUACUGUUUGCGAUGCUGAUAUUGAACAACGAGGAAUUUAUGAAGUACCUGAUGACAGAUCACUCCAUGUUGUUACACCUUUAUGGUGUGCUGCAAUUUCUGGGAAAUUACCUGUAUUAAAAUGUCUCGUAUCUCAUGGAGCUGACGUUAAUGCAGUUUCUGACACAGGAUCAACUCCUGUCAGAUCUGCAUGCUUUAUGACUUACUUGGAUAUUGUAAAGUAUUUAGUUGAAAAUGGAGCGGAUAUAACUAUAGCUAAUGAUAACGGUGGUACGUGUCUGAUAAAUUCAGUUCAAAGCGUUGAAUUGUGUAAAUUCCUGUUAAGUAAUGGUGCCGAUGUUAAUGCAAUAGACGUUCAAAAUAAAACUGCCUUACAUUAUGCAAUUCAAGAACAUAGAUUUGAAACAAUGAAAUUACUUCUUGAAAAUAAUGCCGAUCCUCAUUGGAAAUCUAUAUCUAAUGAUGAUGCUUUAAAAACUGCUUGUCUUAAAGGAGCUACACAAAUAUUUAAUUAUUUAGUUGAAAACAUAUCCUAUAGUCCAGAGCAAUUGGCUGAUGCAAACGAGUUGAUGGGAUCAACAUUUUUCGAUGAACAUAAUGAUAUGCAAACAGCUUUAAAAUAUUGGCGAAAGGCAAUGAUGAUCCGAAAUUCAAAUUUAGUUAAUGGUCAACCACUACCUAAAAGACCUGUGAUAUCAAAGAGAGAUACAUAUAGAAAUCUUGUGGAGUUUUCGACGCUUGAAGAAUUGAAUUCAACUGCAUUAGAUUUAGAUACUAUUAGAAUACAAAGUUUGUUGAUUUGUGAACGUAUUUUGGGUGAAUAUCAUAGAGAUGUUCUCUACAGACUUAUGUAUCGUGGAGCAACGUUUCUUGAUGCUUUAAGGUAUCAAUUCUGUAUUGAUUUAUGGCGGCGAGCGUUGGAGAUUAGAGUUGACAAUGAUUCAAUCCUUUUUACAGACACAUGUUUCACUGCUCAAGCUCUAGUAAGAAUUAUGGUUGAUUUGAAUGAUUAUAUUGAUUUUAAUGAGGAUAAAGAGGAACCGAGGUUUAGUGAUGUUGUUGCAGUAUUUACAUUAUUAACAAAUCAACUUCCUGAAGCUCGACAAUUACUUGAGAUACGUCCAAUUUUUCAGAGACAACAGGACAGCUAUGAUAGAAUAGUAAAAUGUGUAACACAUUUGAUUUAUUUAUUAGUAAGGAAAGCAACAACGAAAGAACGAAAAGAGGAGACUCAUCGACUUAUUUGUAAAUUGGUCAAACAAAACCCCAAAUUAGCUUCAACUGAUGAUACUCUUUUACAUCUAUGUGUAUCCAGUUUCAAUGUAAUAACAUCUAGCUAUUUGACCACUGAUGUAACUCAGGUCAUUUUUCCACACGUUGAAGUAGUAAAAACUCUUUUAGAAUGUGGAGCUGAUGUGAAUGCAAAAAAUGAAUCUCGCUCAACACCACUUCAUAUUGCAAGCACUGCUAGUAACUUUAUUAAUCCACUGAUUGAACUCUUAUUGGACUAUGGAGCUCAUCUAGAUACUCCAAAUAGAGCUGGGGAAACACCAGCUCAAAUGAUAUCAUCAAAUCCAUAUAAUACAAUAAAUCUCGUUAAUUACAUGACACUUCGUUGUUUUGCAGCUCAAACAAUAUUCAAAUAUAAUAUUCCAUGUGAUGAAUUACCAAUUGCAUUACAUGAAUUUUUAGAACUUCACUCAGAAUGAAUAAAAUAAAUUUAGUUUACGAAAUGUUCGAAUUUUUUACAGUACGGAAUGUUGAAAAAAUGAAAAAUGUUUUUUAGUAUUUCAUAAUUAUAGAAAUAAACAAAUACAUACUAAAAUACUUAAUGUCAAAAU